CUCUGUCGCUUCGGGAGAGGCGGGCCGCGAUCUCCCCAAUACAGCCGCGAUUACCGGCGAGCCGCCACGCGAAUCAUUUCGCGUACGACUCGCGAACACUACAACGGAUUACUUGAGUGAUCUGUGAUUAAUCACUGUGAACUAGUGAUGUGUUUGAAUUGAGAAUGUCACCGCCGGCGGGGAGGUGAUCGGGAAAUGUCAAAUAGAUGAUGAAGACGUCGCUCGAAUGCGAGCGGUCUGACACCGCCGAGAACGGCGGGAAAGGCCGCAUUUCCUUUAGCGUAGACUCUUUAUUGGGGAGUAAGAAUGACGCGCCGAGAGAUACUCCGGAGCCGAGUAACGAUAGUGUGAUAGACACUGAUGAUAGUGAUGUGGAUAUUGAAGAUGUCGAGUCGAAUGUGGGUGAUGAGCGGGACGAGAGAGAGAGUAAUCAAGAUGGAGAGGAAGUGGAAAGAACGGGCGUUGUGGUGCCGCAGCCGCUACUGCCUAGGCUGUAUCAGGGUCCUACUCCGCACGCCUGGCCCUUCGGAGCCUUCCCGUGGAUGGCACCAAACCCUAUGUUUAGAGGGGGCUCACCUAACAUUUUCUUAGCAGCACCCACCGGCCCACCAGUGGUCAGAUGCCAACUCCGGAAACACAAGCCGAACCGGAAGCCGCGUACACCCUUUACAACGCAGCAGCUUCUUGCGUUGGAGAAGAAGUUCAGAGACAAACAGUACCUGAGCAUCGCGGAGAGAGCUGAGUUCUCUUCUUCGCUAAGACUAACGGAAACUCAGGUAAAAAUAUGGUUUCAAAAUCGCCGAGCAAAAGCGAAACGACUGCAAGAGGCUGAGAUUGAAAAGCUCAGGCUUUCUGCGAGACCGUUGCUACCACCUUCCUUCGCAUUGUUCGGGGGUGGGGGAGCUCCCCCCCUAUUUGCAGCGAUGGCCGCAGCCACAAGACCCCAACUAAGUUUCUUAGGGGGACCCCCAUCUCACCAACACGCCAUUAAUAUGAAUAUCCUGAAUUCCUUGCAACCGCAUUGACAUUCAGAACACGCGAAUACGCGUGAACAUCCGCCAUCUUGAAUUGGCGGGAAAUGGACAUUUUGAAUUUUGGAGACUUGUGACAAAAUAAUCUGUAGGAAUGAUUGUGUUUUAAAAAAUGAUUUAUUCUUUAUUUAAAUUUAUUUGUAAUAUGACACUAAUUAGCGCAAACCCUACCAUUAUACCUACUUAAUAAACAAGAACGAAAGUAAAAAUUAGUAGAAAAUAAUUUUAAAAAAAUUCUGCGGAUACUCAUUUUGUGUUAAAAUACGCAAAACUUGCUCAGUAAUGGUAUGAAUAACAUUAAAUUAAAAAUAAAAAAGACAUCUCAAUAUAUUAAAUGGUAGCUUUAAUAUUUAAUAUAGUCUUCCUAUUUUAAAUUCCUGAGUAUCGUAAAGACUUCCAUUAAAAUAUUUUUAAUAUUUCCAAUUCCAUUAUUAAUUGGCCAAAAAUUUAAAAUUCUUUGUAUGUUAGUACAAUUGUGAGUCAAUAAUAUUAAUAUUUACAUUAACAAUGUUAUUAUAUAAGUUAGAAUU